UUCCAGGGCAGGAGGGAGAGGUGAGACAGAGCGCAGAGGGCGGUCUGCUGCCAGCUGAAAGGAGUUUAUGCACUGAAACGACCUCAGGAAAAUCCAAGAUGGCCGCCAAAAGGAAAGGUGGCCUAAAACUUAAUGCUAUCUGUGCCAAGCUGAGCCGACAGGUGGUGUUCGACACCAGCUCCCAGAAUGCAGAGGGAGACCAGAGUGUAGCAGAAAACAGCGAGCAUGGCAGUUCGCACUACGAUGACAACGAGACCAUCUUCCCCGAGAGCCUCGAAGAGGACCAGAAGAGACGCGAGGCCAUCGAGAAGUGGGUCAACGGCGAAUACGGCGAUGAGCCACCAGCUACUCGUGAUGAAGAGGAGCAUGAACCCAAAGUCAGCAAUGACGAAGAUGCCCCUCCCCGGGGCGUGUACAUGGUACGCCCCACAGGCUGCAGCGAUGACGAAGACAAGACAGAAGAGGGGGAGCCCACGACCGGCUCUCAAGAUGGCAGUUACCAUGACGACAAAGAAGCUGAAGAAAGGCCUCCAAAAGAAACCACCUACAAGCCACCAAGCGAAGCCCAGAGUCGUCCGCCACCUUUCGCCUCCACAGGAGAAGCAUCUGCCCUGCGAGACUAUGCAGCCAACACCAUGAAUGAAUUUUUGGGAAUGUUCGGUUAUAAUGAUCAGCAGGUAAGGGAUGAGCUGACCAAGAAGAUCAGCUUUGAGAAGCUCAAAGCCGCUACCUCAGACCUCUCGCCCCUCAGCAGUGAGGAAGCCUCACGGCGCGCGCGCUUCUCUAAGUACGAAGAGUACAUUCGUAAGCUAAAAGCUGGUGACGCCCUACCUUGGCCCAUGCAUGCUUCCCCACCAAAACCAGACGACCUCAACCCAAAACUGGCCCAAGACAAGAGCGCCACCAUGCUCCAGACCUCUGGGUGCCUCCCAGGGGCCGAGGCACAGAUCUACCCCCCCAGCCUGGACCACAAACAGCCAGGAGGACCUCAGCUCGGCGCCUCUCAGCCACAAAAUCCCUCUCACAUCCAGAGCAUGGCGUCCCGAGCCUCUAAGUAUGACUUCUUUAUUCAGAAGCUGAAGAUGGGUGAAAGUCUACAGCAGCAGAACGGUAAUGCUUACAAGCGACCCUCCAAGUACGACCUGGAGAAUGUCAAGUUUCUGCACCUCUUCAAGCCAGGUGAGGGCAACCCUGACAUGGGCGGCAGCAUUGCCUUUAAGACUUACAAAGUUGGCCGCCCUUCCAAGUAUGACGUCAGAACAAUUCAGAAGCCAAUGACAGGAAGUCCAGAGGCCUCUUUGAUGCCCAAUGUCCUCGCUACAGCACCAGGAAACCUGGGAGCUCCUGGUGUUCCCACCAUGGGCACAUCUGGGGCCAGCAUCGCCCCCGGGCUCACAAUGGACCAGACAGGAAACAUAAGCUUCAACGCCGCUGACUACCUGAAGUCCAGCUUUUCCAAGACUGACUCCAUCACCACAGGCACUGUUUCCUCCGUGAAGAAUGGCCUGCCACCCGAUAAACCCGCCAGCGAUGACAUCAACCUCUACCAGAAAUAUAUUGCCAGGUUCUCUGGAAGUCAACACUGUGGACACGUGCACUGUGCCUACCAGUACAGAGAGCAUUACCACUGCAUGGACCCUGAGUGUAACUACCAGGUGAGCAGGUUUACCAGUAAGCAGGAUGUUAUCAGGCACUACAACAUGCACAAGAAGAGGGACAACUCUCUGCAGCAUGGCUUCAUGCGCUUCAGCCCUCUGGACGACUGCAGUGUCUACUACCAUGGCUGCCACCUCAAUGGAAAAAGCACCCAUUACCACUGCAUGCAGGUUGCCUGCAGCAAGGUGUACACCAGCACCUCAGAUGUCAUGACCCAUGAAAACUUCCAUAAAAAGAACGCCCAGCUGAUCAACGACGGCUUCCAGAGAUUUCGUGCCACCGAGGACUGUGGCACAGUUGCGUGUCAAUUCUACGGGCAGAAGACUACACACUUCCACUGCAGGCGCCCAGGAUGCACAUUCACUUUCAAGAACAAGUGUGACAUUGAGAAGCACAAGAGCUACCACAUCAAGGAUGAUGCCUAUGCCAAAGAUGGCUUCAAGAAAUUCUAUAAGUAUGAGGAGUGCAAGUACGAUGGCUGCGUGUACAGCAAAGCCACCAACCACUUCCACUGCAUACGCUCCAGCUGCGGCUUCACCUUUACCUCCACUAGCCAGAUGACCUCCCACAAGCGCAAACACGAGCGCCGGCACAUCCGCUCCUCCGGUGUCAUGGGCCUCUCUUCCGCCUACAUGGUGCCAAAGGAUGAGGCCGAAGAAUCGAGCAACGAUGACCUGAUGGACUUCUCCAACAUUAGCAGCAAGAACUCAAGCCUGAGUGCCUCGCCCACCACCCAGCAGUCCACCACUAUGUCGCACUUGUUGGCCAUGCCCACCACCAUUGUCUCUUCCUCCGCUACAUCAGGCCACGCCCUCAAACCCACAUCCUCGCUACCCAGUGCGGGUCAGCGUAUGUCCAGCCUGCUGUCCCAGAGCCUGCCUAGCAACAUGCCCGUGGGCCUUUCUCUUUCCAACAGCGGUAUGGCCUCCUCCAACCCGUUCUUCCCCCUCAUACCCAGGAUGCCUCACCAACCACCUCCAGCAGCAGCCGCUAGUCUGAUGUCAGCUGUAACUUCAGGGGCCCACUCCAUGCCCACCGACUCAAUGACCCAAGGUUUCUCCACAGUGGGUGCAGACGGAUCCAUGGCCUCUACCCCAACGUCCUUCACCACCGCCUCCAUCAUGGAGAAGAUCUCGGCUAGCAAAGGUCUGAUCUCUCCCAUGAUGGCCAGACUGGCAGCCGCCGCCCUGAAGCCCUCCAACCACCUCGACACAGGGAAUGGGCACUCGGCUUCAGCCAGCCAGUUCAAUCUGGUUCAAGUGAAGCAGGAGCCGCAGGACGUGAACUCUGGGGCCUCCCAGGACUCCACGCAGGAGCACAGCCUGGACCUGAGCAAGAAGGACCACAGUAAUGAAUCAAACGGACACCCUGUACCGGGGAAUACAUCUCUUUUAUCCUCGCUUAUGAAUAAGAUGUCACAUGUGAACCCUGCACUGUUCAACGCCAUGAACCUAAAGACGGAGCUGGAGGCAGGCCAGGGCAACCCCUCAGAGGCAGCCUACUAUCUGAACAGAGUGCUGAAGCGGCCCAUGCCAGAGAAACCCUCUGAGAUCUGGAGGACAUACCUCCGCAGGUUUGAUACAGACGACUACUGUGAGUCUCAGUGUGACUUCCUUCAGAAAGUUCACUUCCACUGCUUGGUAGAGGACUGUUGUGCACUCUUCAGCACUGUGGAUGGGGCCAUUAAACAUGCUACCUUCCACCUCCGGGCGCAUUUGAAGGUGAAGUCUGAACCUCAGUACGGAGAGGGCAGGGACUCCAGUGAGGGUGCCUCGCUGCCUGCAGCCCCCGUCUCUACAGCCAACAACCCCUCCAUGGAUGUGGCCCACCUCACCUCCUCUGGUGGGUACAGCUCCCCUCCCCCCUCCCUGCUGGCCUGGAAGCAGCUGACCGGCAGCAUCCCUCAGAUGUCGGCCUCCAUGCCCAACCUGCCAGUCAACUCCCCCCUGGCCACCACCUCUCUAGAGAACGCUAAACCUCAAGUCAAACCUGGUUUCCUGCAGUUCCAGGAAAACACUUCUCUUUUUAAUUCCUCCAGUGAUCCCUGUUUGGCUACUGACUGUAAGUACUCUAACAAGUUCCACUUCCACUGCUUGUUCGGGAAUUGCAAGUAUGUGUGCAAGACGUCCGGCAAGGCCGAGUCCCACUGUUUGGACCACAUCAACCCCAACAACCACCUGGUCAACGUCCGAGACCAGUUUGCCUACUACUCGCUGCAGUGUCUCUGUCCCAACCAGCACUGCGAGUUCAGAAUGAGGGGCCACUACCACUGCCUGCGGACCGGCUGCUUCUUUGUCACCAACAUCACCACCAAGCUGCCGUGGCACGUCAAGAAGCACGAGAAGGCCGAGCGCCGCGCCGCCAACGGCUUCAAAUACUUCACCAAGAGGGAGGAGUGUGGGAGGCUGGGUUGUAAGUAUAACCAAGUUAACAGCCACUUCCACUGCAUCCGAGAUGGCUGCCAGUUCUCCUUCCUGCUCAAGCACCAGAUGACCUCACACGCACGCAAACACAUGAGGCGGAUGCUGGGGAAGAACUUCGACAGAACCCCUUCUCAGGUGAUGCCACUCAGUCAGAGGGCAGAUGGAUCCGGCAUGAUGGGAACUCAUCCUGGUAUGAACUCCAGCUUCUCCUCCGGCCUCAUGGAUGAGACUGAUGAUUACAUGGACUACAUGGGAGGGGGGGGCAGCCCACUUGGUCUCUCCUCAGAGUCCUCCAACCAGGACCGGAGCGGUGCCAGCACACCUGUAGGCAACGACAGCUCUCCAGCAGGUGGUCCUGUCUCUCCAGGACAAGGCUGGCCCUCCACCACUUCUGCUCCCACCACCCCUGCUGACACUAGAGCUACCCACUACGCACCACCUUCCUCCCCCCCUUAUCCUCCUCCUCUUCCUCUUCACUCCUCUGCCCCUCCGCCUGGCUUCCAGUCCCAGGCCCCGUCCCUCUCCCCCGCUCUCCUCCGACCUCCUCUCUCCUCACUCCCAUACCUCCUCUCUCCAUCCUGUCUGUCAUACUCUCUGCUCAGCGCCUCUCUGGGAGCCACUCGGAGUGUUGUCAUGCCAACCAACACACCAGCUUUCAGCCCCAUCAUUGCCACUCCGUCUCCGGUUAAAAAUGACGUCCCUAUAGUGCAGGAUGCUGCAGGCAACACCAUCUCCAUUCCUACGGCCGCCGGUGCAAAGAAGCGCUUCUGGAUCAUCGAGGACAUGUCUCCAUACGGCAAGCGCCGCAAGACCGCCUCCUCCCGUAAGAUGCUGGAUGAGGGGAUGAUGCUGGAGGGCUUCAGGCGCUACGACCUCUACGAGAACUGCAAGGACCCGGGCUGCCAGUUCUCCCUGAAGGUGACGCACUACCACUGCACCCGCGAGAACUGUGGCUACAAGUUCUGCGGACGCACCCACAUGUACAAGCACGCGCAGCACCACGACCGCGUGGACAACCUGGUGCUGGACGACUUCAAGCGCUUCAAGUCCGCGCUCAGCUGCAACUUCCCUGACUGCCAGUUUUCCGGCAACAGCACCCACUUCCACUGCCUGCGCUGCGGCUUCCGCUGCACCGACAGCACCAAGGUGACGGCCCACCGCAAGCACCACGGCAAGCAGGAUGUGAUCACCGCCGCGGGCUUCUGCCAGUUCAGCUCCAGCGUGGACUGCGAGGUUCCCGACUGCAAAUAUAAGCUCAAGUGCUCGCACUUCCACUGCACCUUCCCUGAGUGUAAGCACACGGUGGUGGGCAUGUCUCAGAUGGACUCCCACAAGAGGAAGCACGAGAAGCAGGAGCGCGGCGACCUGCCCUCUGUGUCGCCCAAACAGGAAGCACUGCACCACCUGGGAGGAAGUCUGUUGGCCCCUCCCACCUCCAUGAAUCUCUCCACCUCCUCACCAAGCGACUUCCAAGCCUUGUCCCACAGCAUCAACAGCAGCGCGCCCUCUAUGCUGUACCCCACAGGCGGCCUGGGUUCCGAGUACAGCCACAUGUACGCGCCGUCCUCCCUCAGCCUGGACGGCUCCCUCAACCUGAGCACGGACCCCAGCAGCUGCCUCUUCUUCCUGAAGAACGCAGCCGGGCUGGGCCUCAGCGACUCCCUGGACCUCAGCACCAGAAUGCACCACAACGCAGCGCGGUCCAACCAGGCGCCGCCGCCGGAGGGGGCGCCUCAGGACGACACCACGGGAACAUCUGGAGAGGCCGAGGACGACCUGUCGCCAGAGGACGAGGCGCGUCCGGGGGAGGAGGAGGAGGAGGAGGAUGAGGAGGAGGAGGAAGAGGAGGAAGAGGAGGAGGCCGAGCUUAACACUGACUCUAAUGAUGACUCCAUGGCGGAGGCUGAGGGUGAAAAGGACAAUGGCCAGAGUUCCGAUGCUUCCGUUAACCACACUGAUGCUUCCCGAGUGGGAAAGCAAGAUGUCGACCCGUGAGAGAAGAGACUAGCAGUGACUGUGUGCUAUGAACAAACUAAAUGAAAGUGGCCUCAUUUAUCAUAUUUAGAGACUUCAGAUGACAACAAAAAACAACAACAGCGUGGAGAAGAAUGACGGCCCAAAAUGAUUUAUUAUGAUGUUUACAAGAUGACCAACAUUAUUAAUUCAAUUAUGCAUUAAAAAAAUAUGAACGGAGACACACAGAAUUAGGCCGUGGUUUACACGCGGGGCAGCAAUGUAAAGCAUUUUACUACACAUCAGUCUUUUUGUGUGCGUGCAUGUUUGACUUUAAUUUAUUUUAAUUUGUUCACUUUUUUGUGUGUGGUUAAAAGAAAAACUGUUAGAAAAACAAAAACAAAUCUCUCUAUAUAACUAUAUAUGUGUGUGUGUGUGUGUGUGAACGAUGAUAUACAAAAGGAAAUUGCUGGCACAGGCGACUGCAGGGCCGAGGAGACAGACAAAGGGACGUGAAUCACUAAGGGGAAGCAGGAUGCGUUCAAACAUUUGAUCUUUCUUUCUGUAUUAAUAUUAUUAUUAAUUAUUCUGAGACACUGAGAGAACAGGGAGUCGCUCUUCGCUCGUCCCCGUCUCUCUCAGAUGUUGUUCGUGUUCUCGAUGACAUGUGGAAUUGACCAGUAAAUAUUUGGUCAGUGGGGCGGUCUCAACAGUUCUCUGACAUUCUGCUAGCAGCGUUCCACUAGCACCCAAACCAAGCUCAGCCCUUUGUAAUUGUACCCCCCUGCAGAGGAAUCAAGUUUGUGUGUGGAUAGUGCACUUUUAUAUUAGCUGACCACGGUGAUUACGAUGAUAACUCAUAAGCAUAUUUAAAAAUAUUUUUGUUACCAUUUGCAUCUUUGCAUUACAAUUUUGUUGUGUUGUUAGUCAGAAGCAUAUCGAUCUGUGAGCAGGCGAGGUCGUGAUUAACGGCAGGAGAGCCAGGAUAUGGGGGGGGGGGGGGUCGGACUGACCACAGGAAAAGAUGAGUCACUCCGAUGCAGAGCGAGGGGAGUGUGUUUUAUGUUGACAUUUGACAGACCGAAAAUGUCUCAGCGGCAUUGUUUCCAUUCACUUCGGCUGUGGUUGAGCUCCUGUUGUCACGGUUUUUAUUUAAUAUUUAUGUGACCUUCCAAUGAGAAAUUUUAGGGUGUUAAUGCACUUUCUAGGUUCAUUUUUACCGUCUGAAAAAAAAUGAUAUAUAUCUUUUAACAGGGAAUUUUGCUUUAAAGAUGUUGUUUUAGUUCACUUUUGCUUUAAUGCACAAAUAGAUGUUAGUGUGACAAAGAACUGUUGUUCUGUGAUUUAUUUAAAGACUGGCUUUUUCUUUUUUUCUUUUUUUGCUUCUGUGAUCCGACAGUUUUAAAAAAAAAAAAGAAAAGGAAAUGGGUGCAUCAGAAAGAAGGUGCCCCCUGACGAGAAACACUAAUACGGACUGUGAUUUGAAAUGAACUCUUAAGAAGUUCAUGGCGAUGCUCACUUACUGUAGAACUAAAUUAUAAAUAUGUCAAAGCCAUCCUCUGGUUUAUAUUGAGCGAAUAUGUUCGACCAAGAAGUGGACACACUGAUUAAGAAUGAUCUUCUGAGCUUGGCAUUGGAAAGAAACCAUCAUAAUAUAGGGAAUAAAUAUGUGUGUAGAUGAUGUUCCUCCAGAUAUUGUUUUGAGAAGAAAAAAAAAGGUUGUACAGUAUUUUCCUCUGUAAAAAAUAACUAUAUAUGAACAAAAUGCUCUUUGAUGAACAGCUUCCUUUCAAAAGAAAACCGUUAAGAGGAGAAAUGAAUAAUAAAAAGUAAAAAAAUUCAAAUAGCCUCAUCAUAGUUUGCUUGUGUGCGUGACCUUUUUUAAUUACCCCAGACUUUUGGGGGGAAAGCUGUGCAUACUGUAGCAUUGGCAGAUUUCGUUAUGUUUGCAGUACUUAUUGUUUUCUUUUUCCAAACUAUGUCAGAAGCUCAAACUAAAAUACACUGAUUUGAAUUAAUUCAUCGAUGUUUCUGUUUUAUUUAUCAAACACUUUUUAGUCACUGUCAUUUUUCCAUGUGUGCGCUUUUGUUCUUCCUCAUGAAUUGAAACCCUUGGUUUAUAUUGACUUUGCUGUGGGCCUCGUUCUCAGACUGAUUGUCUCCGGGGAUCCAGAGCGGAGCGGAGGCGUCGCCACGUUUGUUUUUAGUUUCUCAUCAGAUAACUGUAGGGGCUGGGAGACAUCGUGCACUUGAAUUCAGUUAGUGUGUGUGUGUGUGUGUGUGUGUGUGUGUGUGUG